CAAGAAACAUCAGAUGUUUGUUUGAAUCCUCAAAACAGUACCCGACUCCGCAGUUUUAAAUUCUUCGUACGAAAACAAGUAGAAAUUUUGUAAUAUAUUUUGAAAGGAGAGUCUCUAACCCCUCUUCUUUUCUGGAUUACUACUAUUUUUAAGCGGUGUACAUGCUAUAAUACCACUACACUAUCAUUGGCAAUUCUAAGGGCGUCCCCUUUUCCACAGGAACAACGUGAACUACUUGACAAGCCUGGGUAUUGCAAUGGGUCCCUCUGUUCUCCAAUGUACGUCACUUCCGGUGAAAAAGCCACGAAAAAAAGCCAACUUUGAGGCCAAAAUGAACGAAUGCGUCAUCGAAGAAAGAAUGCGUCAACAGCGCGCCAUAAUUAAGCGCUCGACCGCAUCUGAAGCUUUACCUCCAAAGGUCGCAGAGAGUGUAACAAACGAAAACUGCUCACCGAGAAACAUUCUGCGAAAUGGUGCAACAUUGCUAAAGAAGCAAGAGAUCUUAGGUCUCGCCUACAGAAACAAACAUAUUACGCAGCACGGUUUUUACCCUGGGUGACACAUUGGACGAGACGAGGCAGCUCGUCGUGAAGAGAAGCGUGGCGUCAUAGAAUUUCACGUCGUUGGGAACUGGCUGCGAGGACAGCUCUCUCAAAAGAAUAUUAUGUGGUUGAUUGGCUUGACAAAAAGUAUUUUCAUAUCAACUAACGCAAUGCCGAAAGAAUAUAUCACGAGAUUGGUUUUGAUCAUUUCAGUAAUUAGUUCAAGGAAAACGGCAGAUCGGAGGAAAAUCACAAAAGAAAUAUGUUGGGAUUAGUUGGGAUAUUUUGGGAUAUUUUGGGAAACUAUUGCGUCGAGACGAGACGUGAAUAUCCGAUUAUUCCCUAAUAUGGGCAUGCUCGCAUUUUAAUUUGCCCACAUGUGACCUGAGUAUGACAUGCCAACUCUCUUGGCGGCCAUUUCGAAUUUACCGACAACAGUGUUUUAAAGACCUCGGCAAUUAAACGACUUAAUGGCUUACGCUUUGGUUAAUUUCUUCGAAGAGAAUGCUUGGGAUGUCAAAAAUUUUGGUUCUUUGGAAAGAUACAAAAUCCAAGAAAGCAACCAAAAGAAAAUUCCCUGCCGAGAUUGUAAAGAUAUCAGAUGACAAAGACUGGUUACUCAAAUACAUGAGAGAAGAUGAUUCUCCGGUUAAAACAGGCAAAGGUUUCCGUGUUAUAAAUGAUAGCGACAGUGACACAGAAAGACAGCAAGAACCAGCUGCAACGAAGAGGCAGAAAGCAGCAUCUAAAAAUGCUGAGCAAUCAAAGCGAUCAACCAAUCUGGCUAACAUGAUACAGGAAACAUACAGGAAGGAAAGUCUUAAAUUAUUUGAUGACAACAGUGUAUGUGAUGAAGAUUGCAAACAUUUAAGAGAAAAUAGAACGCUUCUGGCAACAAUCAAACACCUAAAAAGUGAAAAUGAAAGACUUCGGGAACAAAUCGAAAGUAGUGAUGAUUUAAAAGUUCUUUGA